CGUAAAUGGCUGACUGACAUCUCAUCUGACAUCUUUUCCUUUUCAUCAUGUUUGUAAAUUUAACAAACAAAAAUUGAGAUUUCUUUUUAGAUAGAAGAAUAAUUAUGUUUUUUUAAACACAAAUUCCUUUAAUAAUUCUGCUAAGGUUCCUGAAAAGUAGUCGCUCUGUUGUCUAAUGUAAUAUAUGAUCAGGAAAAUAGUAGAAAAUGUGGAACAUUGUCAAUCAUUCCUUAUCCUUGAACAACAAGGAAAAUAAAACCUCCGAUGAUAGUCUUAUAACACUGGGAAUGACAUCGGCCAUAUCGGCAGCACCCCCAAAACAAAUCGAUUUACAGAAAACCAAAGAAUUGGAAGAGGCACUGAAUGGCUACGACGUAUUUGAAAGCGAACAAGAACUAAACCACAGGAUGUUGAUUUUGGGUAAAUUGUAUUCGCUUGUUAAACAAUGGGUUAAAGAAUUAUCAAUUAAGUGCAAUAUGCCAGAAAACGUCGCGGAGAAUGUUGGAGGCAAAGUAUAUACUUUUGGAAGUUUUAGAUUAGGGGUUCACAGUAAAGGGGCGGAUAUUGAUGCUUUAUGUGUAGUUCCUAAACACAUUGGUAGAAAUGAAUUUUUUGGUUCUUUUUAUCAAAUUUUGAAACAGCAACCUGAAGUUACUGAACUAAGGGCAGUGGAAGAAGCCUUCGUACCAGUAAUUAAAAUGAAUUUUGAUGGGAUAGAAAUAGACAUGUUGUUUGCAAGGUUGGCACAAAAAGAAAUUCCAGACUCUAUGGACUUGAAAGAUGACAAUUUGUUAAAAAAUCUUGAUCAAAAGUGUGUGCGUAGUUUGAAUGGGUGCAGAGUCACUGAUGAAAUUUUACGAUUAGUUCCAAAUGUUGAUAGCUUCAGGUUAACUUUAAGAGCCAUUAAACUUUGGGCUAAAAGGCAUGGCAUUUAUAGUAAUGUGUUGGGAUAUUUAGGAGGUGUUUCCUGGGCUAUGUUAGUAGCCAGGACUUGUCAGUUGUAUCCCAAUGCUGCUCCAGCAACUUUAGUACAUAAAUUUUUCCUAAUAUUUUCUAAAUGGCAGUGGCCACAACCUGUUUUACUUAAGCAACCUUCCAGUGUUAGCUUGGGAUUCACUACUUGGGACCCAAGGGUUAACAUAACAGACAGAUAUCACUUGAUGCCAAUAAUAACUCCAGCAUAUCCUCAACAAAAUUCCACUUUCAACGUUUCACUAUCCACAAGAGCCAUCGUCAUGGAGGAAUUCAAAUUGGGGCUUCAAAUUACAGACGAAAUUAUGUUGUGUAGGGCUACUUGGGAGAAGUUAUUUGAGCCGCCGCAAUUUUUUAUGAAAUAUCGCCAUUUUAUUGUUUUAAUGGUCAGCGCCUCGAAUCCAAAAGAACAUUUGGCAUGGACUGGUUUGGUGGAAAGUAAAAUUAGAUUUUUGAUCGGAAUUUUAGAACGAAAUGACUUUAUAAAUUUGGCCCAUAUCAACCCAGAAAACUACUCCCUUCCGGAAUCUUUAAAAACAGAAAAAACCAUAUGUUCCAUGUGGUUUAUCGGACUGGAAUUCAAAAAAAUGGAUGGCCUAAAUGUGGAUUUGACCCAUGACAUUCAAUCGUUCACUGAAAAUGUUAAUAACCACGCUCUCAAUAUUAAUAUGUAUAGGCCAUCAAUGGAACUGGAGGCCAGAUACGUUAAAAGGAGACAAUUGACACAGUACUUACCACCAGGUGUAAUAAAGAGGGAACGAAAGAGCAGCAUCAGUUGUAAUAAAAAUGGCCUUGGUACACCGGAAUCGAGAAAAAGACAAUCCACAGAACCAGCAGACGGCAAUGACAGCAACAAAAAGAGCAAAUUGAGUUCUGAUCAUAACUCUACUAGUUUUGACGAUUGUUCCAAUACAUCAGCACUGACCAAUGAAGACUCUUGUAAUAGUUUUGAUGUCUCAGCAAAUGCAGGGACGUCGGUAUCUACGACUAGCCCUAUUAAUAUACAGGGUGCAUCACAAAGCGGAACACAACAAGAAGCAGUGUGUACGUGAAAAAUGCCACUCUGGCUGCCACGGCUUGUCGUCCAUUUUACUAAAAAAUAAGGUAGACAACUCCUCAUGCUGUGGUUUUCCAAUAUUUCAUAUUUUAGAUUUGGAUGUGCUCUUUGGAAAAUCCCCCUUUUCAGGUAAAAAAAAAAUGACAGUUUUUGCAUCUCAUCAAUUCAUUUACAAAACGCAAACCCAAGUUUUACCUCGCUCCUUUCUCUUUUUUUUUUUUUUUUUGUAAAAUAUUAUCGCAAUUAAGUAAUGUACUUUGGUGUGAUUGACUUUGUGGAGUGUUAGUGUCUUGCAUGUAUGAGUGCCCAUUUAUUUUGUACAUAUAAGUAUAUAUUAUUUUUCAAAAAAUUAGAUAAGGGAGGAUUUAAAUUUUUGUUUGAUUAAGUAAUAGAUUUUUUAUUUUUAUAAGUUUUCUUGAAAUUCCUCUGGAAAAAGAUAUACCCAUCUACAUAUAAUGAAUAUUGUAAGAAAAACAACUAUUAUUUUAAGGUUGCGGUAAUAUUUUACUAUUUUUAUUUGUACAUGGGCCAUUCAGAAUGUUCAAAAUGAAUUUUAAACAGUAGCAAUUUAAUAGAAUGAUAAUAGGUUUGUUCCAACCCAUCAAAAAACCGUCCCAGAAUAGUUUCGAAACCACUCUGUAGACGAAUUUCGGUUUCUGCGCAAAAAUUUUAGGUUUUGCGCCGAAUCCUGACAGUAAUAUUACGGUUUCCUGCUGGGUUCAAACAAAGCUAAUAUUUAUUGUUUUAUACCAAGUCCAACCUUUUGAAUACAUAUAAUUUUUUUAUUUAAAAAUCACAAAUUCAUAUUUUAUUUUAUAAUUUAUUAUUUGUAACUACAAUCUAUUGGCACUGAUUGCUGAUUGGUAAUUUCUAGCUACAUUGUAAUGUGUUUUAUUUUUCGAACAAAUAUAUUUAUUGGGGAAAAUAUGGCCAUUAUGCCAGGACUGUUUAAAAUUCCGUUUGAAAAGACCUUAAACAAGUUAUGUACAUACAUAAUAUAUUUAUUUGUUUUUCAAUAAUAGGAGGUAAUUGUAUUGAUAAGAAAUAAACAAUGACGAUUAUAGGAAUAUGUUAAGUAGCAUUUUCUCAAAAUUAUGAAUCUAGAUUCGCCACUGUCUUUGUGUGUUUACACAUGUAACUUGAUUAAUAAAUAAAACAUAUUUUCCCCCA